CCAUCAAGAUGGAAAAUGUGUUCUGCGAAAUCUUCGUGGAAGACCGUCUGUAUUCGAGAAAGUUUCAACUUGUCCAGAACCUCCCAAAAAACUACGUGCAGAUGAUUUGUUUAAGGUCAAAGGCGAAAACAAUCUAAGCAUGAGGAAAACAAUGGGUAAUUAGUAUUUUAUUCAUAACAAUGGUUGUUUUAUAUAAUCUAUCUAUUAUCUAGGUGUGAUUAAAAGUAUUCGAGCUUCUGGAGUCGAUAUAGAAUCUGGAGUGCGGUUGAAAUUGAUUGAAAUGAACCGGCAGCUUAAAGACUUGUUUGAUGUAGUUCAGUUGUCCAGCAUCACAGGAAAUGUAGCACCUUCGUCAGAUCAUGUUGUUGCAUAUUGCACUGAUGUACCGGAACUCAUUAACCGUAUCAAACGUUCAAGACCACCUGUUGAUGAUUUUGUGGUGAAAAUAGGAAUUGAUGGGGGUAGGAGCUUCUUCAAGAUAACGUUAUCUGUGAUCUCUCCGCAAAUGGAACAUCUGGCUGGCUUCAAGGAUGGCGGCGUGAAGAAGCUUUUCAUCAUUGCACUUUCACCAAAUCUCGCUGAAAAGUAUGACAAUAUUUCCCCCGUUUGGACGAAACUUCUCAAAUUACACGAGCUCGAAUACUUGGUUGCUGGGGACCUCAAGAUUAUAAAUAUUAUAAUUGGCAUAAUGGCCCACUCUUCGAAGAAUCCAUGUCCAUACUGUGAGGCUUUAAAGAGCGAGCUCGGUGUAGCAAACGGAACCGCGAGAACCAAAGGAAGUAUAAACGAAAAUUGCACAAGAAAAAAGAAAUUGAAUGGAAAGAACUUCGCAAGCUGCGUGAAUGCCCCGUUGGUCUCGGGUAGUGAUGAAGACAAAAUCGUGAACCUUUGCCCGCCUCCACCGUUACAUAUAACGCUUGGAAUUAUUAAUACAAUUUUUAAGUCACUUGAGAAGAAAGCACCAGACUGGGUAGACUUAUGGGUGGAACAAGCACAGGUGAGACACCAACAGAUGACGUACGGUUUCACCGGAAGAGCUUGCCACGCGCUAUUGGAUGCUACCAAUUGUUUGGCAGACAACCCUGAACUUUCAGAUUACGUUACGGUUCUGAAUAACUUCAAAAACGUGUAUGCAAAAUGCUUUUCCUUUAAACUCGAGCAUGGGUUUGAGGAGGCUAUUGCAGAUUUUGCCAGCAGCUGGGAGAAGCUGAAUCUUCCAUUCACAUCUAAAUAUCACAUUACAAAGUACCAUGUGGCGGAUUUCUGUCGAGAAGCCGGAAGAGGACUUGGGCUUCACAAUGAGCAAGCCUCCGAAUCCGUACAUGCUGAUUUUGAUGUGAUUUGGCAGCGAUAUAAAGCUCCCAAAUCAUCAAAGGUUUAUAACGACCGUUUGUUAAACUCUUUGAUUGAUUACACAGCAACCAUAUGUAAUCAAGGGAAGAAUGCCAAAAAGUAA